AUGAAGCUGCGAGACUUUCUGCUCACUCUACUGCUGCCGGCCGGCUUCCUGUGGAGAGGCUCCUGUGCUCAGCAACUAGAAAUCAUGACCCAAGUCUCAAAUGCAGAAGACUGCCCUGUGGACCUGUUCUUCGUCCUGGACACCUCAGAGAGUGUUGCCCUGAGGGUGAAGCCCUUUGGGGACCUGGUUACCCAAGUGAAAGAUUUCACCAACCGCUUCAUUGAUAAGCUGACUAGGAGGUACUACCGCUGUGACCGUAAUCUGGUGUGGAACGCGGGAGCGUUGCACUACAGCGACGAUGUGGUGCUCAUCAAGAGCCUCACACCAAUGCCUAGCGGGCAGAGUGAGCUGAAGAACCGCGUGUCAGCCAUCAACUACAUCGGGAAGGGGACCUACACUGACUGUGCCAUCAAGCGUGGCAUUGAGGAGCUGCUCAUCGGUGGUUCCCAUCACAAGGAAAAUAAAUACCUGAUUGUGGUGACUGAUGGACAUCCCUUGGAAGGUUACAAGGAGCCCUGUGGAGGCCUGGACGAUGCUGCCAAUGAAGCCAAACUCCUGGGGAUCAAAGUGUUCUCUGUUGCCAUCUCACCCAACCACUUGGACCAGCGGCUGAACAUCAUUGCCACGGACCACACCUACCGCCGCAACUUCACUGCCACCAGCCUGAAGCCCACCAGGGAGAUCGAUGUGGAGGAGACCAUCAACACCAUCAUCGACAUGAUUAAACUCAACACGGAGCAAUUGUGCUGCUCCUUUGAGUGUCAGCCUCCCCGGGGACCCCUCGGACCUCCUGGUGACCCUGGCCAUGAGGGAGAACGAGGCAAGCCAGGUCUUCCUGGCCAGAAAGGAGAGGCUGGAGACCCAGGCAGGCCAGGAGACAUGGGACCUGUUGGCUACCAAGGAAUGAAGGGUGACAAAGGAAGCCGAGGAGAAAAGGGCUCAAGGGGAGCCAAAGGAGCCAAGGGUGAGAAAGGCAGGCGUGGAAUCGAUGGCAUCGAUGGCAUGAAGGGUGAAGCUGGAUACCCCGGAUUACCUGGCUGCAAAGGCUCACCUGGAUUCGACGGAGCUCAAGGCUUGCCUGGACCGAAGGGAGAUCCUGGUGCUUUCGGACCCAAGGGAGCCAAGGGGGAGCCUGGGAAUGAUGGAAAGCCUGGCCGACAGGGGAUUCCUGGCAACCCUGGAGAGAAGGGUGCUCUUGGGAAUCAGGGUGAGCCUGGACCAGCAGGAGAGACUGGUGACGAGGGUGCUCCAGGUGAGGAUGGUUCUUCUGGAGAACGGGGCAGCAAUGGAGAGAGGGGACCCCCAGGUUCGCCAGGUGACCGCGGGCCAAGAGGACAGCUGGGAGAGCCUGGACCACCUGGUGACCAAGGGCGGGAAGGACCCCUUGGACCACCUGGCGACCAGGGUGAGCCCGGACCCCCAGGACCCAAAGGCUACAGAGGAGAUGACGGCCCCCCCGGCAGUGAGGGCCCAAAGGGAUUGCCUGGAGCACCUGGGCUGCCUGGGGACCCUGGGCUGAUGGGAGAAAGGGGGGAGGAUGGUCCUCCUGGAAAUGGCACAAUUGGAUUCACAGGUGCCCCAGGACAGCCAGGAGACAGAGGCAACCCUGGCAUUAACGGAACAAAAGGCUACGUCGGACCUAAAGGUGAUGAAGGGGAAGCAGGUGACCCUGGCAAUGAUAACCUGACCCCUGGGCCCAGUGGCAUCAAAGGAGCAAAGGGCCACAGGGGACGUGAAGGUCCCCCGGGAUCACCGGGACCUGUGGGGCCUCCAGGACCAGAUGAAUGUGAAAUCUUGGACAUCAUCAUGAAGAUGUGCUCUUGCUGCGAGUGCACCUGUGGUCCCGUCGACCUCCUCUUUGUGUUGGACAGCUCAGAAAGCAUCGGCCUGCAGAACUUCCAGAUUGCCAAGGACUUCAUAAUCAAAGUCAUCGACCGCCUGAGCAAGGAUGAGAGGGUCAAGUUUGAAGCUGGGGAGUCCCGUGUGGGCGUUGUGCAGUACAGCCAUGACAACACGCAGGAGCUGGUGGCCAUGGGGGAUGCCAACAUUGACAACAUCGGGGCGCUCAAGCAGGCAAUCAAGAACCUGCAGUGGAUUGCUGGGGGCACCUACACUGGGGAGGCCCUGCAGUUCACCAAGGACAACCUUCUGCGGAGGUUCACGUCCGACAAGCGUGUGGCCAUUGUCAUCACAGAUGGGCGCUCCGACACCCUGCGGGACCCCACCCCACUCAACUCCCUGUGCGAUGUCACCCCGGUGGUUUCCCUUGGGAUUGGUGACAUUUUCCGGAACCCUCCAAAUCCAGAUCACCUGAAUGACAUUGCUUGUUUAAGCAGACCAACCAGGCCGGGACUGUCCAUUCAAAGGGACAACUAUGCUGAGCUCCUGGAUGACACCUUCUUGCAGAACAUCACCUCAUACGUCUGCCAAGAGAAAAAAUGUCCUGACUACACCUGCCCAAUCACCUUCACCAGGCCAGCAGACAUCACACUGCUGGUGGACAGCUCCACCAGUGUGGGGAGCAAGAACUUUGAGACCACCAAGAAGUUCGUGAAGCGGCUGGCAGGGCGGUUCCUGGAGGCUGGCAAGCCUGCUGAGGACUCUGUGCGCAUCUCAGUGGUGCAGUACAGCGGCCGGAACCAGCAGAAAGUGGAAGCUCAGUUUCAGUACAACUACACAGUCAUUGCCAAGGCCAUCGACAACAUGGAGUUCAUGAAUGAUGCCACGGAUGUGAACUCUGCUCUGCAGUUCAUCACAGAGCUUUACCGGCGUUCCGCCCGCACCACAGCCAAGAAGAGGGUGCUGGUGUUUUCUGAUGGACACUCCCAAGGGAUCACCGCCAGGGCCAUCGAGAGGGCUGUGCAGGAUGCACAGAAGGCUGACAUUGAGAUCUAUGUGCUGGCAGUGGGCAGCCAAGUCAAUGAGCCCAACAUCCGUGUCCUUGUCACAGGGAAGAGCAUGGAUUAUGACGUGGCUUACGGGGAGCGGCACCUUUUCCGCACGCCAGACUACGCCUCUCUGCUGCGUGGUGUCUUCUACCAAACUGUCUCCAGGAAGAUAGCUGUUGACUGAGCAUCUGUGUGGGUUUCUGCCAAGGCCGUAGCUGUGCCUAAAAAGGAAAACCAGCAAAAAAAAAAAAAAAAAAAAACAAAAAAAAAAACCAAACAAACAAACAACAAAA